AUGUCGACUACCUCAAACAGUACUUGUGAUCAAAACGGCCAGUCUGGCUUCAACGAGUCAACUUUCAACAAGACAUGCGCUUCAAGGCAAAUGGGAUUUUCCCCUUUCUUGUCAACAGAAGCAAGAGUCUCUUUGAUUGCUGUUUAUUGCCUGAUUUUUGCUCUUGGAUUCCUUGGAAAUGCUCUUGCUCUUUACAUCAUAGGAAAGAAACGGGAGCUGACUGGAGGAGAUACGUUCAUUCUCUCGCUUGCAUUUGCCGAUUUGCUGGCGUCUGUUUUUGCGCCAGUGCUCGUAAUCCACGACUUGGUGUCCAAUCUGAAAUGGCAGCUCGGUGCAGCAAUGUGCAAGAUAUUGCCGUCCAUCUCACCAGUCACUCUCAUUGUGUCGUCCUGGUCUUUGGUUCUGAUUGCGAUUGAUCGUUACAGGUGA